AUGAAGAAGGAUGAGACUGCUGAUAAUGAGUUGAUGAUCUUCUUGAAAUAUUUGCUGUCUGAGGCGCUGGUCGUUGGCGACAAAAUCCUGGCAACACAGCUCCAAGCUACCAUCAAAUGUCUUUCAAAUUUCAGGCAUUAUGAUUUGAAGAGGGUGUUGAACAGUUUGCGUGCGGAUUACAAGUUGCGCUCCUGUUACGUUGCCUACCUGACCAGAUGCAAACGAUCGUUGCUAGCCUUCAACCAUAAAUAUGAAAAGUUACUCGCCGAACUCACCAGGGACCAAGAGAUGUUGAACAAGUACAUGAUAUCAAUGAUGACCAGACUCUUCCUUGAGAAGCAUCAGAGGGUCCUGUUGAAGUUUGUCGUCGACUUCCAGAGUUUAGUCCUCUUCGAUGAAAAGUCCGACCUGCUGGAAAGGUUUCUGACGGCUAAGCAUGCUGCUAUGAGGCAAGAUGUCAUGUGGAAAGAUGCAACAGAACCGCAACUUCAGGAGGCACGUCUCUGCAUGGAGCGGAUGAUCAUGAGUCACAUCUACCUCUACGCCAUGUACCCGAACGGCGAUGGUGACACAUCCAGGGACAGGUUGUUGGAGGAGCACAUGCAAAAGUUGUCGGCUGUCAUCACACCGGAUCAUCGAGAUCUUCGUAUUCCUUCCAUCUAUCAGAAUGAAUGUCCAUGGUUGGCUGCACAGAAAGAACUCAUCAUGAUCAACGCUUUUAAAACGCCAGAAGAUAAAUUGGGAUGUGUUGCCCGCUGCUGCUCCACAAUCAUGACCCUCCUGUCCUUGUCUCUGACAUGCAAUACAGCCAACCAUUCAGCAGUACCGGUUGCCGAUGAUCUGGUGCCCGUCCUCUUGUACGUCAUCAUCCAGUCUGGCACUCCUAACCUCCUUUCAACUAUCCAGUACAUCGAAAGUUACUGUUGCAAGAACAACGACUCUGCUAGUUUUGCCGCUGAUGGCUGCUACAAAAACGCGAAGAUUGAUGGAGAGGUGUGGUACUGGUGGACGCAAUUCGUGGCAGCCGUCAACUUCAUCAAGAGUAUGGACUACAAAGAAUAG